CCCACUUUGUCGGGUGUUUCCAGAAUCAGCAUAUAGGGUUUAGGUUUUGAGCGGCUCUGCCUCCAUGGCUGCUGCGCGUCCUCCGUCGAAGCGCCGCCGGACGAACGGGAGCGAUGGGGGUGCCACCGAGGGGUCUCCUGGAAAGGAGGGCGCGCCCCUCGUGGUCUUGGCCCAUGGCGCCGGGGCCCCAUCCACCUCCGAGUGGAUGCUCAGAUGGAAGGAAAAGUUAGGGGAAGAACUGGAUGCUGUCGAAGUAGUCACUUUCGACUAUCCCUAUAUCUCUGGCGGAAAACGCAAAGCUCCUCCCAAAGCAGAAAAGCUAGUUGAUCAUCACCUGGAUGUUGUGAAACGUGCUAUUAAAGAAUAUCCUGGGCAUCCUCUUAUUCUGGUCGGGAAGUCCAUGGGAUCAAGAGUCAGUUGCAUGGUAGCUGGUAAGGAAGAUAUCAAUGUUUCAGCAAUCGUAUGCUUGGGUUAUCCACUAAAGGGCAUGAACGGAGUAGUACGCGAUGAGACAUUAUUGCAGCUAAAGGCUCCGACUAUGUUUGUGCAGGGAAGCAAAGAUAGUUUGUGUCCUCUGGAUAAGCUGGAAAGCACCCGCAAGAAAAUGAAAUGUGUCAAUGAGCUGCAUGUGAUCGAUGGCGGUGACCACUCAUUCAAAAUUGGAAAGAAGCACCAACAGUCCACCGGGAUAGAUCAGGACGAAGCCGAAGAAAGAUCUCUGAAGGCAAUAGCCGACUUUGUCAACAGAUCUAUCCUAGAACAGUGGUGAUAUGCGAAAAGCACAAGCCAACCUGAAGGUUGCUAAUUCCAACACCGUCGAGUCUCCUCCUUUGGCACGCUAGGAUCCUAAUUUAUAAUCUGACUGUGGCACGGGUGUUUCGGGUCCUGUGAUGUUUGAUAGUUUUAAGGUGUAAGAUUUUGUAAAUCAAUGCUGUGUGCUUGAAAUACACCAACACUUGCAUCCUAUUGUGCUGACUUUCCACUCUUAACGCAUGUAUUUGCUUUGCCCUUUUAUCUUAUUGUGGAAAUACCAUAAAUCUUGAAUUGA